AUGUCCACCACGAAUGCUACCGCCUCCGCCGUAAAUCCGAACUAUGAAGAUUUUGUAAAAGUACACGGCGUCCUUUUGGCGGCCUCGGGACUCCCACAAUCACUUCAUCGGAAGCUAUUUCUGAAGCUCAUGGCGGAUACAUUUGACGGCGGGAAUUACUUCCAGGUGGAACCAGUGGAGGACGGGAAGCAGAGAAGGCUUGUAUUCACCGCCGACUUUAUGGGAAAAGAGUCCGAUGUCUUUUUAGUAGACCAUGCAUGGACUUUUCGUCUUUCGGAUGCUUAUAAGCAGUUGCAGGAGAUUCCAGGGUUGGCAGAAAGGAUGGCUGCAUUGAUGUGUGUGGACAUUGAUUUGAAUUCAGAAGCUGGGGAAGCAGAUGCAGAACGUGAUACGAAAUUAAGCGCCUUCGAAAUAGUUGAGCAAGAAUUCUUUAAAGUUAAAGAAGAAGGCACUGAUGCAGUGAGGUGGUUGGAUCUUGAGGAUCUAGACAUUAAUGAUGCUAUGCUUGAGUGUCUCGAUUUGCCCAGUAAAUUUCCACAUUUGGUUGCACUAAACCUCUGUGCCAACAAGCUGAAGGACACAGAAACUGUUAUAAAGGUGAUCACCCAAUUCAAACAUCUCAGAGCCCUAUGGUUGAACAGCAAUCCAAUUCUGAAAAACAAGGAUAAUUAUAUGGAAGGUGCCAUUCUUCAAGAUUGCUCUAGGUUGGAGAUCUACAAUUCACAUUUGACCCCUAAUUUUGGAGAGUGGGCUUUAGGAUUUUGUGGGGGAUUAUACGAGAAAGACAACCCCGGAGGUUCUGAUCAGACUAAUCAUACAUUGCAGAGUUUUACAUCUCUAGACCUUUCAAAUAGGUGCAUUCACAAUCUUAUUACUAAGGCCUUUUCCCCUGCUGAACUACCAGUACUUUCAUACGUGAAUCUUCGUGGAAAUCCGUUAGAUGACCAUUCAGUGGGCUCCUUGCUAAAAUUUCUUAAAGGAUUCAGUAGCUUAAGUGCUUUGGAGGUGGAUAUUCCUGGGCCUCUUGGAGAGAAUGCUGUUGUUAUUCUUGAAGCUCUUCCUAAUCUCUCUAUACUGAAUGGGGUCAGUGCAUCCAAAAUCUUGGAAUCAGAGAAGUCUGUAGUCGAUUCAAUGUUACAACCACGUCUUCCUGAGUGGGAUGCUGGAGAAUCUCUUGCUGAUCGCGUUAUCAACUCCAUGUGGUUUUAUUUGAUGACAUAUAGGCUUGCAGAUGAAGAAAAGAUAGAUGAAACUUCUGUAUGGUAUGUAAUGGAUGAACUAGGUUCAGCUUUGCGCCAUAGUGAUGAACCCAAUUUUAGAGUUUCACCGUUCCUGUAUAUGCCAGAGGGUAAACUGGAUUCAGCUAUCAGUUAUUCAAUCCUUUGGCCUACUGGAAGUAUUCGAGGAGGUGAUGAGUGCACUCGUGACUUCUUGUUUGGGAUUGGGGAGGAGAAACAACGUUCUGCUAGACUUACUGCUUGGUUCCAUACCCCGCAAAAUUAUUUUAUUAAAGUGUACGAAAAAUAUAGAGCUAAAUUGCAAUCAACAGAAUUUUCUCCCCUGCCUGUGGCGCUAUCUGCAACAAAUAGUGUGCGCUGUAGUGAUGGAGGUGCAUUACAUGUUUACACAGAUAUACCUCAAGUGGAGGAAUUUUUGACACGCCCGGAAUUUGUUAUAACAACUGAACCAAAGAAUGCAGAUAUAAUAUGGACAAGCUUGCAGGUGGACGAGGAGCUGAAGAAGGCUGUUGGACUGAAUGACCAACAAUACAUAAAUCAAUUUCCAUUUGAGGCUUGCCUUGUUAUGAAACAUCAUUUAGCAGAAACAGUUCAGAAGGCCCAUGGUGCUCCUGAAUGGCUCCAGCCAACAUAUAAUCUUGAAACACAGCUUAGUCAAUUCGUAGGAGAUUACUACACCAAUGAAAAGGCUGGAGAUGACAAUUUGUGGAUUUUAAAACCAUGGAACAUGGCAAGAACCAUUGAUACAACUGUCACUCAUAAUUUAUCUGCUAUCAUCCGUCUCAUGGAGACUGGUCCGAAGAUAUGUCAGAAGUAUAUUGAGCACCCGACUUUGUUCAAAGGGAGAAAGUUUGAUAUUCGUUACAUUAUUUUAGUUCGCAGCAUGAACCCAUUGGAGAUAUUCAUUUCUGAUGUUUUCUGGGUUAGGUUGGCAAACAAUGCUUAUUCUUUGGACAAGCGCAGUCUUUUUGAAUAUGAGACGCAUUUCACAGUUAUGAACUACAGGGGAAGAUUGAACCACAUGAAUACCCCAGAAUUUGUUCAGGAAUUUGAACACGAACAUAGUGUUAAAUGGAUGGAUAUCCAUGUGAGAGUUGAAAAGAUGAUCAGAUCAGUUUUUGAGUCAGCUGCCACUGUGCACCCAGAAAUGCAUAGUCCAACAUCUCGGGCCAUGUAUGGUGUUGAUGUCAUGCUUGAUUGUCAUUAUCAGCCUAAAUUAUUGGAGGUGACCUAUUGCCCCGACUGUACUCGUGCAUACAAGUACGACACUGAAGCAGUAACAAAGGGAGGAGAAGUUAUUAAAGGAAGUGACUUCUUCAACGACGUGUUUGGCUGCCUCUUUUUAAACGAGACCACUCAUGUAUCUCCAUUGUAA